AUGGUCGAAAAGGUGCCAGUCCUGUCCCUCCUGGGGAACAGGAAGUUCAUAUGUCUUGUCCUAGCAGCCAUCUCUUUGGCUUCCCUCACAAUAACAUACAUGACGAUCCCGAGUCCACACAGGGAUUCCAUGAUCGCCGCCAUAAAAGAUAAGGCCUCGCGGAUGAAGUCACAAGAGCCUCUCCCGAGCCCGCAACACCCUCCAGCCUCGUCGGUAGUUUCGGUGACAACGACCAACUCGGGCAUCUUCGACGCCGCUUCCAACAGGACGCUAGGCGCCGAGAAGAUCGCAUUUAUAAACCUCCCGCACCGCCAUGACCGCUUCGACGCCAUGGCGAUACAGUCGCACCUCUCCGGGAUUAAGGUCACCAACUUCCCGGCAGUCGACGUCUCCCAGCUCCGCGGCAACGGUCUUCCGCCUACCGAGAAUCCCACGCGCCUCAAGGACACGGAGAAGGGCUGCUGGCGCGCCCACGCCAACGUAUGGCAGCACAUGCUGGAGCAGCAGAUCCCGGCCGUUCUGGUCCUCGAGUCCGACGCCGGCUUCGACGUCAACAUUCGACCCAUCAUGGGCCGGCUCAACGGUGCCUUCCGCGAGCUCCUGAGGAAGGAAAACCCGAGAGCCGACUUCGAUGAAGACCCCAGCGACCCAUGGCUGGCGACCACGGGCACGUGGGACAUGCUGUCCAUCGGGCACUGCGCCGACGGCCGCAACGACGACGGCAAAUACGUCGUAUAUGACGACCCGGACGCGCCGCACAACAACUGGAAGUACCCCCCGCUCAACUGGGUCCUCAACGGGCAGCGCAUCGUCUACCGUGCAAACCAGGUCGUCUGCACGACGGGAUACCUCAUCUCAUUGUCGGGCGCCGCGCGCCUGCUGGUCCGGUCCUCCUGGAACCUGGAGGAGCCCGUCGACAUCAUCAUUGCCCAGAUGGCCCGCGCGAACGAGCUGAGGGCCUACGCCCAGCAGCAGGUGCUUGUGGCCCAGUGGCAGUACAAAGACGGUCUCAAGUCCGGAGGCAACAGCGAUAUUCACGAUGGAGGCGACAAAGAUGACAAAAAGACACCAGAGGAAGAGGAAAAGAUCAAGAAGGCUUGGGAAGAGUCCAAAAAGACGCACGUUUCAGUCGAGGUCAAGGGCGGCUACAAGCAUUCCGAGUUUAACGACUUUGCACUCGGCAGGGCAUGGAAUCAUAUUAUCGGGGACAGGCCAUGA